AAUCAUACGUCAAUGAAUUAAGAAAAUCUUAUCUCUUUGAUAAAUAAAAUAAGCUAACAUAAAAAAAACUUCAAGUUCGUAGUAUUGAAAUAAACAAAUGUAGAAAAAAGAUACAAAAUUAAAUAAAAUUCCGAAUUUAACGAAUAAAUGUCAGUUUUUUACACGUAGUAAAUUUGCGGACAGGAUAAAAAAAAUUAGUUAAAAGCUUAAUUACAUGUUUAUCAAAUUUUUAAUGCACUCUGUCAGGUAGAAAAUAUGGAAAUUUUAUUUAGAUAUAUAUAUUUUUUUCCCAUAUUUUUACUUAUAAUCGUUAAGUGGAAUUUUGCUAUAUCGGAUAUACCAAAGUGGACAAUGUCAAAAAAAGAAAAACAGGAGUUAAAGCAAGAAGCUCGUGAAAUGUUUUAUCAUGCGUACAACGCUUAUAAAGACAAUGCCUAUCCAGCUGAUGAAUUAAUGCCGUUAUCCUGCAAAGGUCGAUGGAGAGGUGUAACACCAUCUCGUGGAGACAUGGAUGAUGUUUUAGGAAAUUUUUCAAUGACAUUAGUUGACAGUCUUGAUACAUUAGUUAUUAUAGGAGAUUUCGAAGAGUUUGAAAAUUCAGUCAAACUUGUUAUCAAAGAUGUUCAAUUCGAUAAUGAUAUAGUGGUAUCUGUUUUUGAAACAAAUAUACGAAUGGUAGGAGGACUUCUUUCAGCUCAUAUAUUAUCAGAAUAUCUUAAAAAGUACUUGCAUAUCAUGCCAUGGUAUAAAGGAGAGUUAUUGGAAAUGGCAAAGGAUUUAGGGUAUAGAUUGUUACCCGCUUUUAACACAUCAACUGGAAUACCACAUGCGAGAGUAAAUUUGAAAUAUGGUAUGAAGGAUGAACAAUUAAGGAAGUCGAGAGAAACUUGUACUGCUUGUAGUGGUACACUUCUUUUAGAGUUUGCUGCUUUAUCAAGGUUAACCGGCGAACCAAUAUUUGAAUCAAGAGCUCAUUUAGCUAUGGACGCACUUUGGAAACUGAGACAUCGUGGAUCUGAUUUAAUGGGGACAGUCUUAAACGUGCAUUCAGGGGAUUGGGUUAGGCGUGAUAGCGGAGUAGGUGCAGGCAUUGAUUCAUAUUACGAAUAUCUUUUGAAAUCAUACAUUCUACUUGGGGAUGACCGAUAUUUGGCAAGAUUUAACAGACAUUACAAUGCUGUAAUGAAAUAUGUCAGUGAGGGUCCAAUGUUCUUGGAUGUUUUGAUGCACAGGCCUCAUGCAAAAUCAAGAAAUUUUAUGGAUGCUUUGUUAGCUUUUUGGCCUGGGUUACAGGUUCUCUCUGGCGAUUUAAAACCAGCAGUUCAAACUCACGAAAUGCUUUAUCAAGUAAUGCAGAUGCAUACUUUUAUACCGGAAGCAUUUACGGCUGACUUUCAGAUUCAUUGGGGGCAACAUCAUUUACGACCGGAGUUCAUAGAAUCCACUUAUUUUUUAUAUAAAGCAACUAAUGAUCAUUAUUAUUUACAGGUAGGUAAAAAAGCUCUGAAAGCCCUUCAAAAACAUGCAAAAGUUCCUUGCGGAUAUGCAGCUAUAAAUGAUGUCAGAACUGGGAAACAUGAAGAUCGAAUGGAUUCUUAUAUUUUAUCGGAAACUAUAAAAUAUCUGUAUUUGCUCUUUUCUGAACCAUACGAUAUAAUUUUAAACCUGGACGAAUAUGUAUUUACCACAGAAGCCCAUUUUCUUCCACUGUUUAUAGGUCAAAUGGGGAAUACAACUCAUGAUUUUAGACCAACAGAUGAGCAUCAUGUACUUGAUUUCAUGAGAACUUGCCCCAGUUCAAAUAAGCUUUACCCCGAAAAAGUAAGAAAACCACUGCAAAAUCUUAUUACUGGGUCAUGUCCACGUGUGGCUAGUGGAAAAAAGUUAAGAGCUUUGGACUUUCAAGCAACUAAUGCUGAUCAUUUACGAGCUGUUUACGAUAUGGGUAUCACAAUGGUUUCCUUAGGUGAUGGAAAGGUUCGACUGUUUCACAGUUUUUACAAUGCCAAGAGCCCCGAAGACGGAGAACUGGGUAUAUUAUUCAUGCAAGAAAUGUUGGAGCUAACUAAAACUCAAAGUGUGAAUCAUAUUGAUCAACUGCAAUUUCAACAGGCUGUUUAUUAUCGAAAUAAGGAUGAUACUUUAACAGUUUUAGUUGCUGGCCCAAGUCAUUUUAGUCCAGAACUAAUUGGAGAGGAAUUCGUAGAAGGCGAAGUGGCAUCUGCGAAACCUUUCCGUUUAUGCUCUGGAGCAAUCAAUUCUAAUGAGUUAAAUAACAAAAUUGCCAUAGUUGAACGUGGUGAUUGCACUUUUGUUGAAAAAUCUCGCAAUGCUCAAAAGUCUGGCGCUAAAGCGCUGAUAAUCUGUGAUAAUGUACCCGGUACAUCUGGAGAAAAUCAAUCUAUGUUCGCAAUGUCUGGAGAUGGAAAUAAUGAUGUUUCGAUACCGGUAGUAUUUAUGUAUUCUAAAGAAGGCGGAACGCUUUUAGAUGCUGCCAAAAACAGUAAUAAAUUGACAGUUCGUCUUAUGAGAAUGGUUGAAUUGAAAAAAAAAAUAGAGUUAGAAAAUACAAUAAAGAAUUCCAAAAACAAGGGCGGAUAGUGAAAAUAGCAACUUUUAAAUAAUGUGUAUAAUCUUAGUUAACAUAUUAUUUGAAUUUUAUAAAAAAUCGAUGCGUUUAGGAAAUUUUAUAACAAUUGCGUACGUAUUUAACUAAAAAUGUUGGCUAAAUUUAAAUGUAACAUAGUUUAUUCUUGUAAUUUGUUUGUAAAUAGACCCAAUUUUGUUAAACAGCGAAUAAAAUUAAGAACGUUAAAAUAAUAUAAGUAUGUAUGUAAAGGA